AUGGUUCGAAGCAUAUCUUUGAGAUGGAAAGUGUUCGGGGUCAACUUCAGAGCUUGCUCCAGACCUCCCGUGAUACAGCCCAUCGUGAGGGACCCCCUCACUCCAGGUGCCGGCUCAGAGAGACGAGAAGAGGACUCCUUUGACAGUGACAGCACAGCCACCUUGCUGAACACCCGGCCCCUGCAAGACUUAUCUCCGUCCAGCUCGGCCCAAGCCCUGGAGGAGCUGUUUCCCCGCUAUGCCAGUCUUCGGCCAGGACCCCCGCUCAAUCCCCCGGAUUUCCAGGGCCUGAGGGAUGCCCUGGAUUCAGAGCAUACCCGUCGCAAGCAUUGCGAGCGCCAUAUUCAGAGCCUCCAGACCCGAGUGCUGGAGCUUCAGCAACAGUUAGCUGUGGCUGUGACUGCCGACCGCAAGAAAGAUGUUAUGAUCGAGCAGUUGGACAAGACCCUGGCCCGCGUGGUGGAGGGCUGGAACCGGCACGAAGCCGAGCGGGCAGAGGUCCUUCGGGGGCUCCAGGAGGAACGCCAGGCAGCCGAACUCACCAGAAGCAAGCAGCAGGAGACAGUAACCCACCUGGAGCAAAGCCUUUCUGAGGCCAUGGAGGCCCUGAGUCGUGAGCAGGAAGGCGCCAGACUGCAGCAACGGGAAAGAGAGACGCUGGAGGAGGAGAGGCAGGCUCUGACCCUGAGCUUGGAGCUGGAACAGCAGCGGUGCCGGGCUCUGCAGGAAGAGCGGGACGAGGCCCGGGCCGGGCAGCUCAGUGAGCACCGGCAGCUGGAGACACUGAAGGUGGCCCUGGAAGGGGAACGGCAGGCGUGGGCCGAGCAGGAGCGCCAGCUGGAGGAGCGCCACCGGGCGCUGCGGGACGACGUGCAGGCCCAGCUGGAGCAGGAGAAGGGGAACACACAGAGGGAGGCCCAGGCAGCGCGGGAGGCCCAGCAGCAGCUGGCGCUGGCGCAGUCCGAGGUGCGGCGCUUGGAGGGCGAGCUGGACACGGCCCGGAGGGAGAGGGACGCGCUGCAGCUGGAGAUGAGCCUGGUACAGGCCCGGUACGAGAGCCAGCGGGUCCAGCUGGAGUCGGACCUGGCCGUGCGGCUGGAGCAGCGGGUGACGGAGCGGCUGGCUCAGGCCCAGGAGAGCAGCCUGCGGCAGGUGGCCUCACUGCGGGAACAUCACAGGAAGCAGCUGCAGGACCUGAGUGGACAGCACCAGCAGGAGCUGUCCGCCCAGCUGGCUCAGUUCAAGGUGGAAAUGGCGGAGCGCGAGGAGAGGCAGCAGCAGGUGGCGCAGGACUACGUCCCCACCACCAGCCCCUCCAGCCCUGGGCCUCAGGAGCCAGAGAAGGGCGAGAGGAGGCUCUGGACUCGGCCUCCCGUGGCCGUGGCCCUGAAGCCCGUGUUGCAGCAGAGCCGGGAAGCUGGGGCAGAACAGCCACCGCGGGUUCUCCGCAGCCCCUCCCCAGACCUGAGCCCCCUGCUGGGCCCCCCUUUCCAGAGCCAGCAUUCCUUCCAGCCCCUGGAGCCAAAGCCGGGCCUCACUUCGUCUGUUACCUCUGCCGGGGCUUUCUCUACCACCGGCGCCUUCCACCCCGAUCACCGGCCAGAGCGGCCGUUCCCUGAGGAAGAUCCUGGAUCCGACGGGGACGGCUUCCUAAAGCCGGGGCUGCAGCCCCCUUCCCAGCUGGACGGCCUCAAACAUUUUUUGCACCAGCUGCUGGAGACAGUACCGCAGAGCAGCGAGGCCCCCUCUGUUGAGCUGUUGCCCCCGAAGUCUGGCCCCCUGACUGUCCCGUCUUGGGAGGAGGCCCCGCAGGUGCCACACCUCCCGCCCCCAGUUCAUAAGACUAAAGUGCCCCUGGCCAUGGCGUCCAGUCUCUUCCGGGCUCACGAGCUUCCCUCAAGCCAUUCACAGAGCAGCGGCCUCCGGGCGGGCUCCCCAGAGCGCGAUGAGCGGCCGGGAGGUGGGCACGGGCUCGCACCCGCGCGGCAGCUGAUGGAUGUGUCGCAGCUGCUACGACUGUACCAAGCUCGGGGCUGGGGGGCUCUGCCCGCUGAGGACCUGCUGCUCUACCUGAAGAGGCAGGAACACGGCAGGACGGACAGCCGAGGGGAUAAUGUCCCCAGAAGGAACACGGACUCCCGCUUGGGUGAGAUCCCCCGGAAAGAGAUCCCCUCCCAGGCUCUCCCUCGCCGCCUGGCUGCUGCAGCCCCUAGGACAGACAAGCCUCCCGCACGCAGGAAGGGCGGGCACCCGGCCCCCAGCAGCACGAGGAGUCGGGGGGGCAUCUGGAGAUGA